UCGUUCGCAAAAGAAAGUGUUUCCAGUAAUGACGUGAUUCCAGAAAUUAUGCCGGUUGUAGUAAAUUCCGUAACCUUUAUCCUUUUUCCACGGAGGCAGAGGUAGAGCUAUACACACAGAUCACUGUCUACACACUUAGCACUUCUGGCUACUUGAGGAACUUGUAUGUGUGUGUGAUGUCAGAGGUCAUAAAGGCCACGGGGAGGAUGUGUGAGUCAGGGUGUGUCUUACGCAGAAAGAAGGACAGUCGACGAUAGAGAUGGUGCGGCGUCAAGGGGCGUGGACGCUCUUUCGCUAUAAAACGGAUCCUAAAAAAGCAAAGGUGCUACAGGGAGGACAACUGUCUUGGACUGGACUACGGAAAUUUGCAAGAGCAGGAUUUUACAAAGGCUCACCGAUCACUUACAAGAAGUGUCAGGAUAAAUCCAUCAAUGGCCAGGCAUAGUGCCAUACUGAGUGAUAUAGAUCUGCAGUGUUAUGAGAAUAACCAUGCUCACCGCACAGAGGAGAUGGACGUGGAGCGUCUGCUGGUGCGCAGAGGUCAGCCCUUCUCUGUAGUCCUGCAGUGUACUGAGCACAUCCCACAGAUCCCAGACCACCAGCUCAACCUCAUACUACACCUGGGUAAGAAUAAUGAGGUGGUCUUGAAGGUGUUAGAUUCAGAGCAGGAUCAUGGGAAAUGGUGGUUCAGUCAGCGUAAUGCUCAGGGUGAGGUGAUGCUGACCCUCCACAGCCCUGCUGAUGCUCCUGUGGGUCUGUACAGCAUGACUGUAGUUUUGCUCUCAGGUGAUGGGCAGAUCCUGGAGCAAACCGAGCCUCAGACUUUCUACCUGCUUUUCAAUCCCUGGUGUAAAGAUGACUCAGUGUACCUUCCCAGUGAGGAACUGCUGCAGGAGUACAUUUUAAAUGAAAACGGGAUCUUGUACCAGGGCUCAUGGGAUGAUAUCACUACUGUAUCCUGGAACUUUGGGCAGUUUGAGAAAGAUGUGGUGGAUAUUUGCUUUGAAGUGCUGGACAAUUCGCCUGCAGCCAUGAAAAAUUCAGAGAUGGAUAUUGUCAACAGAGCAAGUCCUGUUUACGUUAGCAGGACUAUUACUGCCAUGGUGAAUGCGAAUGAUGACCGGGGGGUGGUAUCUGGGCGCUGGGAUGGAGAGUACGGUGAUGGGGUGGCACCCACACGUUGGACUGGCAGUGUGCCCAUCCUAAGGCGCUGGAGUGAGGGUGGAGGACAGAAAGUGCGUUAUGGGCAGUGCUGGGUGUUCACAGGAGUGGCCUGCACAGUCCUUCGCUGUCUUGGCAUUCCAACCAGAUGCAUCACUAAUUACUCAUCUGCUCAUGACACUGAUGCAAACAUUUCUGUGGAUUACCUUGUGAAUGAUCAACUUGAAAGUGUGUCUGAAGGCAGGAAGGACAGUAUCUGGAAUUACCACUGUUGGGUUGAGUCCUGGAUGAAACGUGAUGACCUCCCAGAAGGUUACAAUGGAUGGCAGGUGCUAGAUCCAACGCCUCAAGAAAGGAGUGAUGGAGUUUUCUGUUGUGGGCCUUGUCCAGUCCGUGCAGUCAAAGAGGGAGAGGUGGGGUUGAAGUAUGACAUCCCAUUUGUGUUUUCCGAGGUGAACGCAGACCUGAUCGUCUGGAUUGUUCAUCCAGAUGGGGAACGAUCUCAAGUGUCCCAAAACAGUAAAAUGAUUGGACGCAACAUUAGCACUAAGAGUGUGUAUGGAGACGUCAGAGAGGACAUUACUGCUAAUUACAAAUAUCCUGAAGGCUCAAUGAAGGAGCGAGAGGUUUAUAAAAAAGCAGGAAGACAAGUGGGCCAAAAGAACGAAAGCCCAGGAGAGCUUGAGCUUUUUAUCAAACACGCCCCAGCUAUCCACGGGACAGACUUUGACGUGAUCAUAGAGGUGUUUAACGCUGGCAGGGAGGACACAGAUGCACAACUCACAGUCACGUCAAACGCAAUAACCUAUAAUAGCAUCCACCGCGGAGAGUGCCACAGAAAGACAACCUCUCUCACAGUGCCAGCUCGCAAAGCUCAUAAAGAAGUAUUGCGACUUCAGUAUGACCAUUAUGGGGCAUGUGUGUCUGAACAUCACAUGAUAAGGGUCACAGCCCUCCUCCAACCCACUGAUCAAGACAACAUCAUCCUGCAAGAAGUUAACAUCCCCUUGAAAAUGCCAGCACUUCAUAUUAAGAUUAUCGGAAAUGCGAUUGUAUCACGUAAACUGACAGCGCACAUCUCCUUCACCAAUCCUUUGCCUGUUAGUCUUCAAGGCGGCGUGUUUACCGUGGAGGGAGCAGGACUAACAGAGGCCAGAGAAAUAAAAACACAUGGUAAGAUUGAACCUGGUCAGGCUGUGACAGUUAAAUUCUCCUUCAAACCCACCCGUGCUGGCCUGAGGAAACUGCUUGUCGACUUUGACUCGGACAGGCUGAAAGAUGUCAAGGGAGAAGCCUCUAUCAUUGUUCGGACAAAAAAGCGGAAUAUGAAUGCUGUCUCAGAAAUCUAGACAAGCGUGUACAAUUCAGAGAACGAUAAAUCAUUUAAGUGUGUUGUAAAGCACGAUACUUGGCUUGCUGACAGCUGUUUUGCCUGUUACAUUUUGUUUGCUAUUUGUUUAUAUAAAGAGCAUGCAACAUUUCCUUUAUGAUUACUUUAUGAUUAUAUUUGCAUGCUUUCAUGCAGACAUUGAAAAUGACAACCACAAAAGCUAUUUUUCUACAUGUAAAAUGCCCAGCCAGUCCUGUGAAUACAUUCUAGCAUUUUUUUUAGUUGGUUUGAUCUAAUAAUAAUUUUGAAACAAUUGUUUAUUGUACGUUCUGUAUAAUGCUGUUGUUGUGUUUGAAAUAAAUGUUAUGUAAUCAUAAUAAAAAAUAUACUUGCAUGUAAAUA